AUGGUGGACUCAACAGCUGCGCUAAUCAGCAUCAGACCUGAUGACAACAAUCACAAUGCCACCAUUUCUAAAAUGCUUGGUCGUGCGCGAGUAGACGAUGAUUGCGGAGUGAAUAAAAACGCUGAUAUAUCUGAAACAGAAGACGCAGUGAUUGCCGCUAAGCCACUUGUAAUCAAAGGUGAGCUUCCCAUUGCAAUAAAGACUGAGCCGAACUGCGAAUUUUGCUUUCGCAGGCAAUACACUUCCAACCACUUCUCGAGUAAUAGCCAUCACUUAUCCUCAGAUUUAACGGUGUCAUCCAAUGACUUACCACGGGGCAAUCAAAUAUUUGAUGCCAUUUCCACGACCAGUAAUGACAGUCCAGCUUCACUUGAUGCCGUGGCGCUCUCUGAUGUUAUGAAACAUCUUCCGGAAGACCCACUGGCUCAUUCCGGUAAUCAAAGCGAAAACGGCGACCUGGUCAAAAUUUCUUCUUCCUUUGACCAUUCCCGCGUCGCAGUCUCGAUCCCAUUAUCAAGAUUUUGUAUGUCUGACCUAACGGAUGGAAGAGAAAAGAGUUUGAGUCCUUUGCUACAUGAAUCCUCCAAAGAGCCAAAAAGAAUACCUACGCAUCAGCACGAGAAUGACAAACCCCUUACCGGUCGUGCAAACCAUACAUCCGCUACACAAUCAAAACAGGUGCACAAUAAUUAUUUAUGUUCAAAAGUAUCGAAUAUUUUACAGAGAAUGGAGCUUUUGACGCCAAAUGAAUACGACGAUCAAGAACUUUAUAGCGAUUUCCAGCACAUGUGGCAAAUUUUAAUUCCAGCCAAUGCCACGGCCGCACUUUUGGAGUGCCGUGGUCAGCCCAUAAAGACUAUCAGUAAGCAAGCGAAGUGUGUUUUAUCCAUACGACAACCAGUGGAAUCACCUUUCAAAGACGAUCGUGUUCUUCGUUUUAACGGUAAAGCCAAAUGCAUUUGUUUGGCUCAGCGGCUUGUCAUUGCGUCUAUUAGAGAAUACCGGGCAAAACAAGAAGACCCCAUCUAUAAAAAUAUCGCUGAUGGUAUUUCACUCGUAGCUCUUCCAGCCACAUCAAUAUCAAAAGCAUUCUGUGUGGCUAUUUCAUCAGGAAAGAAUAAUAACUCAGAGAUCACAAGUCCAUUUACUUGGCUUGUAGAGCGCAAAUUUGUGGGUAAAAUGAUGGGACGCCAAGGCAACAUCCUUGCUGCGAUCCGUAAAGAAAGUGGAGCUACAAUUUAUAUUGACGACGACGUUGUGCCCGGAACCACGGAACGCCGAGUUACAAUGAUUGGAUCAAUUGACUCAAUUGCUGCAGCUAUCAAUCAGAUAAAAAGAAGAUCUGGUGGACGUCCGGAGUUAUCAGAUAGCGAAAGAAUGGGGCAGUAUUUUGCUAUUCCUUCAGAUGCAACAGGUCACCUUAUUGGUCUACAAGGGUCGACAAUUAAGAAUAUUUCUGAGCGCACGGGUGCGCGUCUCCAACUUCCUUCGACUGAAGACCUGCCUCUAGGUAGUGUCAAUCGAAUUUUACACAUCCAAGGCACGUCCAAAGAGACUGAGCACGCCAAAGAAGUCGUGACAGCAAGGUUACGUGAGCAUAUAGCUACGUCGGAAAAUUUGAAGACGUUCGCACCUGAGUUCACCGGUGAAAAGGGUGAUAAAGUUACGAUCAAGGUUAUUUUGCCCUCGCGAAUAUGUGGCCUGAUGCUAGAAAAUCAUGGCAAACUUAUUCGCGAGAUUUCGGCCAAGGCAGGUGCCCACACACAUUUCUUAGCUCCACAUAACAGUAGAACUCGAGUCUGUGUUUUUACAGGCGAGAUGAUCUCUGUGCUUCGAGCACAGCGUCUUGUUUUACAAAUAAUUGCUGGAGAUAUGAUCUCUUGCAAAAGAUUGGCCAAGUCUCGAAAACGUAAGCGAGAUCAGGCUGAUACGGGCGGGCAUAUGAAGGAUGGCGAACUUGAUGAGAGUGAAGACUACGAUUCCGACAAAGAGUAUUGUAAGGUUACUAAACUUUCAGUCAGACAGCAUACUGUACGUCGACAGGAACUACAACGGCGUCCUGGAUAUGACGAUGGAAUUAAAGACGUGUAUGGUCCAAAUGAUUUUUUGAAACCUGAAUACGAAAUGGUUGUAGAUCAGACAAAUGAUCGGCGACCAUUCGUGACUCACAACUGCGACCAUCAUUACGAUAAGAAAUCACAUGAAUCAUUCCGGAACGAGGGUAACGAUCAUGAUGACAAUGAUCUCGGCAUUCCAGACGCAUUUCGAGCUCGAAUACUGAAGCAACGAGCUAUGAUGCUUCGACCUCGUAUUGAAUACCAAGGCGCGUACGAGAUUGAGACCCAAGAAUGCGACGAUGGAAAUCAGCGAGCUAUGGGUAACUUAUCUCGUAACCGAUCGCGUUCCGUCGUACGUCCUGGACGAAAGGUGGAAGUUGUCACGUCGUCUCUUGAAUGGCGCGGCAAAAUCAAGUCCAGAUACCGACGCCGUAGCACUAACAUUCUGUCCUAUGAUCGUGGUAAAGAUACUAGCGUUCAUCAGGACGUUACUCGAACAAAAAGAUAUGGGCGAAGUCAUGUGAACAAGCGCCGUCGACAGUGA